UCCAACAAAUAAAAAAUUCUCUACAAUUAAAAUUUUGCUUUCAAAAUCAAAACCCAAAAAAAAUACAAACAUCCUCUCUCUCUCUCUCUCUCUCUCCCCGAUUGUCUCUACUUUCUCUCUCAGCAAUGGCUUCUCUGUUCCGGGACAGGUCACUCGGCCAAUCCAAGAGAGAGACCAUGACCACCGCCGCCGCCGCCGCAGCCUCCCUCCCGUCCCCAUUCGGAGACCUCACGCCGACUCUCUCCGCCGCCGACAUCCGCGACACCGCCUACGAGAUCUUCGUUGCAGCUUGCCGGACCUCCUCCGGCAAGUCCCUCACUUACAUUUCCAGCAAUUCCUCCAACUCCGACCGAUCUCUGUCCCCUUCGCCAAGCUCGCCGUCGAUGCAGAGAUAUGUCACUUCCACUGCGGCUAGCAAGAUGAAGAAGGCGCUGGGAAUCCAAUCUAGUUCGAAGAGGAGCGAGGGAAGUCCGUCUUCGGGCGGGAAGACGAAGAAGCCAGUGACUGUGGGAGAGCUAAUGAGGGUUCAGAUGAGGGUUUCCGAGACUACGGACUCUAGAAUUCGGAGAGCUCUGUUAAGAAUUGCUGCUGGCCAGGUUGGAAAGCGAGUCGAAUCAAUGGUUCUUCCACUAGAGCUACUGCAGCAGUACAAAUUGUCAGAUUUUACUAAUCAAGUAGAAUAUGAAGCAUGGCAGAAGAGAAACCUGAGACUUCUUGAGGCUGGACUCCUGUUACAUCCUCAUCUACCACUAGACAAGUCCAAUACUGCUUCACAACGGCUUCGGCAAAUCAUUCAUGGAGCCUUAGAUAGACCAAUUGAAACUGGGAGGAACAGUGAGUCUAUGCAAGUCCUUCGUAGUGCUGUAAUGUCUCUUUCUUCCAGAUCAACUGAUGGAUCUCUCGCAGAAUCAUGCCAUUGGGCUGAUGGGUCCCCAUUGAAUCUCCGACUCUAUGAAAUUCUUUUAGAGGCUUGCUUUGAUGCUAAUGAUCAAACUUCUAUUGUAGAUGAAGUCGAUGAGCUUAUGGAACUCAUAAAGAAAACUUGGGGAAUCCUUGGAAUUAAUCAAAUGCUUCAUAACAUUUGCUUUUCGUGGGUUCUAUUUAAUAGUUUUGUAGCAACUGGCCAAGUUGAAAAUGGCCUGCUAUAUGCUGCCGAUAGUCAGCUAGCAGAAGUUGCGAAAGAUGCAAAGACAACAAAAGAUCCCGCAUACUCUAAGAUCUUGAGUUCUACAUUGAGUUCAAUGUUAGGUUGGGCAGAGCAAAGGCUCCUUGCAUAUCACGACACUUUUGAUAGUGGAAAUAUCGAUUCAAUGCAAAGCAUUGUAUCUCUGGGUGUAUCAGCAGCCAAAAUCUUAGUCGAAGACACAUCUAAUGAAUAUCGCAGGAGGAGGAAAGGUGAAGUUGAUGUGGCUCGUAACAGGAUUGACACUUAUAUCAGGUCAUCUAUUCGUACUGCUUUUGCUCAGAGAAUGGAGAAGGCAGAUUCAAGUAGGAGAGCAUCAAGAAACCAGCGAAAUCCUCUCCCUGUCCUUGCCAUCCUUGCAAAGGAUGUUGGUGAGCUGUCAAUUAAUGAGAAGGACAUAUUCAGUCCCAUACUGAAGAGAUGGCAUCCAUUUGCAGCAGGUGUGGCUGUUGCCACCCUUCAUGUUUGUUAUGGGAAUGAGCUGAAGCAAUUCAUUUCUGGUAUAACGGAGUUGACACCAGAUGCUGUACAAGUGUUGACAGCAGCAGAUAAGUUGGAGAAAGAUCUUGUUCAAAUUGCAGUUGAAGAUUCAGUGGACAGCGAUGAUGGAGGCAAGGCAAUAAUUCGUGAGAUGCCUCCUUUCGAAACUGAAGCUGCAAUAGCCAAUCUGGUUAAAGUUUGGAUUAAGGUGAGAGUGGACAGACUGAAGGAGUGGGUUGACCGGAAUCUUCAACAAGAGGUCUGGAAUCCACAAGCAAAUCAAGAAGGAUAUGCUCCAUCAGCUGUUGAAGUCUUGCGAAUGAUAGAUGAAACCUUGGAUGCGUAUUUUCAGCUGCCAAUCCCAAUGCAUCCAGCAUUGCUUCCUGAUUUGAUGGCUGGCCUCGACAGAUGUCUUCAAUAUUACGUAGCCAAGGCAAAAUCUGGCUGCGGAUCAAGGAACACAUUUGUUCCGACUAUGCCAGCAUUAACCAGAUGUACAAUAGGAACAAAAUUUCAGGGUGUAUGGAAGAAGAAAGAAAAGUCUCAGAACUCUCAGAAGAGGAAUUCUCAGGUUGCAACAAUGAACGGAGACACUUCCUUUGGGAUACCACAGCUAUGCGUUCGUAUAAACACUUUGCACCAAAUCCGUACAGAGUUAGAAGUUGUAGAGAAGAGAAUAAUCACCCAUUUGAGGAACUCUGAAUCUGCUCAUACCGAAGACUUUUCAAAUGGAUUGGCGAAAAAAUUCGAGCUAGCACCAGCUGCCUGUUUAGAAGGGGUCCAACAACUCUCUGAGGCUGUGGGUUACAAAGUCAUAUUUCGUGAUCUGAGUCAUGUGCUUUGGAAUGGUCUGUAUGUUGGUGAGCCAUCAUCUUCUAGGAUUGAACCUUUUCUUCUAGAGCUUGAGCAGAAUUUGACGAGCAUAUCAGACACAGUGCACGAAAGAGUUCGUACUAGGGUUAUUGCUGACAUAAUGAAAGCUUCCUUUGAAGGAUUCUUGUUGGUUUUGCUUACGGGAGGCCCAUCUCGAGCAUUUACCCGACAAGACUCCCAAAUAAUAGAGGAUGAUUUUAAGUCCCUUAAAGAUAUAUUCUAUGCAAAUGGGGAUGGACUGCCAGCUGAUUUGAUUAACAAGUUCUCGACAACAGCAAGGGAUGUCCUUCCCCUUUUCCGAACUGAUACAGACAGCCUUACUGAGCGAUUUAGGCGCUUGACUUUGGAAACUUAUGGCCCGUCAGCCAAAUCCCAACUUCCUCUACCACCAACCUCGGGGCAGUGGAACCCAAGUGGACCAAACACGCUCCUUCGCGUACUGUGUCACCGAAAUGAUGAAGCUGCUUCAAAAUUCCUCAAGAAAACUUACAACUUGCCUAAGAAACUGUAAGGCGCCUUCCUGUUCUGCCUGUAUUUUAGUUCAUUUGGCCAAUACACUGCUGCUCGUGGAGGUGGCAUGUUCUUGUAUAGCAUAUUUUCGGGUUUCUGUCUCUCACUCGGUUUGUCAAUUCUUGGCUGCAGUUCACAGAAGGUUCGAAAUUGAUUCAUUACUAUUCAUUUUGGUCGUUAAUAUUAGAGAGAAUUAGUAGAUUCCAGGUGAAUGAUAUUCUUGUAUGUUCAUUUAUUUAUUUGACCUUCUCAGGCGCAUAUUUUUCCGUAUGUAUGUAGUGUGAUAAUGUUCCUUGCAUUCAUUAUUAUCAUGUAUUAUAGGUUGCCUUUUUUUUUCAUUUAAUUGACGUUUAAA